GGUUUAAUUUGAAUGAUUUUUAACGAUUUUUAUAAAUGGUGUCUAGUAGUGUUUGCUUAGGUACUAAUCGACUACUGCUUAACAAUUUCUUGAAUAUCGUGUAAAACACAGAACAAUCCGUAACUCUAAAGAAACAUGCGUGGCCUGACUGUGCAAAUACCAGUUGCAAUCUUCAAAAUCAGAAGAAAAAAAAACUCGAAACGUGAUGCCAUUUCUUUUAAUCAAAGCAAUUAACAUCUAGUUAUGGAGGUAAUACUAGAAAGACAAGAUCCUACUAAAUCAAGAAGAGAUGAGAGCAAAACCUAACUUGGCUGAAAAGAAAGCAGUUAAUACCUAACUAAGCUAACUGUCAAAACGAUUCCUAACAGAUCCUAUUUUCCUAAUUUGGCGCAUUUAUUAUUUAUUAUUCUGAUCCCUUGUAUCACGUGAUCUUCUAUACCACCGAUGAUUUCAUGCUUUACUCUUAACUUCCAAAUUUAUAAGAUAAUGAUGUUUUUAUAGAAUUUUUUCAUUGCAUGUAAGAUAUAAAAAAAUAGUACUAAUACUUUUCUGUAAUAAAACAAACAAAAGAGUAUUAAGGUAACUAAAAAGUUGAAUUAAUGAAACAAAAUCAAUCUGAUCGAGAGUGACAUGCACGCGCCACCAGGCUAGUAUAUUUACUAGUCUAUUUUCUCGAAAAACAAACUCCAAAGCAAACACUCUCUCUGUACUUUAGAUCUGGCCGAGACGACGGCGACACUGUUUCCUUGAACGCCGGUGAUGGCUUCCACUUGCGUCAACAAUGUGACUGUCUCUGCAUACGGACGUUUCAACGCUCGGAGCUCUGGAUCCGCCGCGUCGUUGGAGAUGAAGAAGCUGAUUCCUCCGGAGGAAGAGUUCGAGUUCAGAACUGAGGUUCCUGUCGGAAUGCUUCCCGCCGACGAGCUUUUCUCUAACGGUAAACUCGUGACGACGGCGGUGGUGGAAGUUGAGACGGAGGUUUCCGGCGAGGAGAGUAGCUUGGUUUCUUCUCCCAAGGCGCCACGUAAGUGGAGAGAGUUGUUAGGGCUGAAACGGUUCUCUCAAAACAGCAAGGCUGCGGCGUCGUUUAAGCAGUUUUUAAACCGGAGCUCCAAAACGUCGUCGUCGUCUUCUUCAGAUGCUUCUUCGUUGAUCAGUCUUCCUCUCCUCUCCGACAGCGAAUCUCUCUCCGUCUCCUCUUCUUCUUCACGUAUGUCCCUCUCUUCUUCUUCCUCCUCCUCCGACACCCCGAGGAGGCUAUCGCUCGACGCAGAGAGACUCAACCACCUCGCUAACCAAAACAUCACGGCCAACCCGUUCGCUCCCGCUCGGCCGAGGAUGAGGUUAGUGAAGCAGCCUCCUGAAACAUGUAGCGACAGUCCGAGGCUAAACUCGUCGGGGAAGAUCGUGUUUCAGAGCCUUGAACGGAGCUCAAGCAGCCCGGGCGGAGGAGGGUAUAGAAACAGAGGAGUGGAGAGAUCGUACAGUGUAAACCUGAGCGUGGCUCCUGUUCUUAACGUUCCCGUUUGUUCAGUCAGAGGUGGUUCUGUAAUAUUUAGCCAUUUCUUCUCUUCAGCUUCGUCUCAACACAAUAAAACAGGGAAUGGCUCUAACCACAGAGCGUUCUUGACUCAUCAUCAGCACGGUGGUAUUAGUAGAGGCCGUAACUCAACAGAUCGAGUAGCUAGUAGUAUUAGUCCAUCUACUUUUAGUACUGUGUAGUUUCCUUAUUGGGGUUUGAGAGUUAAGAGAGAGUCAAGUUGACGCGUUAAGCUAAAGGAAUAAAUGCGCGUGGGAUAUAAGGAAACAGAUGCUCAGUAACUGUAUCUACGCUCUCCUCACGUUGAAGCUUACUUAAGCUGUCUCUUUCAUCUGCCAUUUUUUCUAAAAAAAAUUCUAGAUAUUAAUAUCUUGUCGUUUUAUUAGUUUCGGAAAUGAUGCAGUUUUUCAGA